CUACGUGUCACAAAUCGAGCGCACCACACAGAUGGCUAUAAACCAGUGGGAGCAACGUUGGCGCAUUCAGGCGCGGUUUGGGCUUUUAGCGGACGCGAAGGACAGUCCAGCGGUCCGGUUGUUUGUCAGCCUGGUCUUCUGAAGAAAAUCUCAAGAAACUGCGACAUUUUUUCUUGUACUUUUCCCUCCGUGCGCAUCGGCCAUCUACUGACGGCGUGGACGGGAGUAUUUCCACCUUGAAAAUGCCUCCCAUCGAAAAUGAUACCGGGAAGAACGAACUUAAGAGUCGGAUACAAUCGCUUAUUGACUCCAGCAGAGUGGUGGUCUUCAGCAAAAGUUAUUGCCCAUAUUGUGUGACGGUAAAAGACUUGUUCAAAGAACUCAAAGUGGAGUGCAACGUGGUAGAGCUGGAUCUCAUGGAGGAUGGAACCAAUUAUCAGGAGAUGCUACUCGAGAUGACUGGACAAAAAACUGUUCCAAAUGUUUUCAUAAACAAAACGCAUGUCGGUGGCUGUGACAAGACAAUGCAGGCCCAUAAAGACGGCAGUCUGCAUCAACUGCUGAAUGGACAAACUGAAGCGUAUGACUAUGACCUUAUUGUCAUCGGAGGCGGAUCUGGUGGACUGUCCUGUUCAAAGGAAGCUGCGACUUUGGGGAAAAAAGUAAUGGUUUUGGACUUUGUUGUUCCCACACCAAAAGGGACCACUUGGGGUCUAGGUGGAACCUGCGUGAAUGUCGGCUGCAUUCCCAAGAAACUGAUGCACCAGAGCGCCUUGCUUGCUACCGCCAUGCAAGACGCGCGCAAGUUUGGCUGGGAAUUUGAUGAAACUGUCAAACACAACUGGGAGACGAUGAAGACGGCCAUUAACGACUACAUCGGCUCACUAAACUGGGGCUACAGGGUGGCGCUGAGGGACAAGGACGUCAACUACGUCAAUGCCUAUGUGGAAUUCGUCGAACCCCACAAGAUCAAGGCAUUAAACAAGCGAGGAAAGGAGACGUUUUACACAGCGGCUAAGUUUGUCCUGGCUACAGGUGAGCGACCACGCUACCUGGGAAUACCUGGAGACAAGGAGUACUGCAUCACAAGCGACGAUCUCUUCUCCUUGCCGUACUGCCCCGGGAAGACCUUGGUGAUCGGUGCAUCUUACGUCGCCUUGGAAUGUGGCGGCUUCCUUGCCGGCCUCGGUCUCGACGUCACCAUCAUGGUGCGUUCCAUUCUCCUGAGGGGCUUUGACCAGGAAAUGGCAGACCGUGCGGGUGAACACAUGGAGGAACAUGGCAUCAAAUUCAUCCGUAAAUACGUUCCUGUAAAUAUCGAGGAGUUGGAAGCGGGCACUCCGGGCCGGCUGAAGGUGACGGCUAAAUCCACGGAGAAUGAUGAUGUCAUCGAGGGAGAGUAUAACACUGUGUUAAUAGCGGUGGGUCGAGAUGCGUGCACUGACAAGAUUGGCCUGGACAAGAUAGGGGUCAAAGUUAACCCUAAGAACGGGAAAAUUCCCGUCAACGACGAAGAACAAACAAACGUAGCUCACGUCUAUGCCAUCGGCGACAUCUUGGAGGGCAAGUGGGAGCUGACGCCGGUUGCCAUCCAGGCCGGAAAGUUGCUGGCGCGUCGUCUUUAUGGAGGUUCAACGGUCAAGUGCGACUACAUCAAUGUUCCCACCACUGUGUUCACUCCACUGGAAUACGGCUCCUGCGGUCUGUCUGAGGAGAGAGCCACCGAACUGUACGGGCAGGACAACCUCGAGGUAUACCACAGUCUGUUCUGGCCUUUGGAGUUUACCGUGCCCGGCAGGGACAACAACAGAUGCUACGCCAAAAUCAUCUGCAACAAAUUGGAUAACGACCGAGUGAUUGGCUUUCACUACCUGGGUCCCAACGCAGGCGAGGUAACGCAAGGCUUUGGCGCCGCGAUGAAAUGCGGCGCGACCAAAGAGCAUCUGGACACUACCAUUGGCAUCCACCCGACGUGUGCCGAGGUCUUCACCACUCUGGACGUGACCAAAAGUUCCGGAGGUGACAUCACCCAGGCUGGCUGCUGAGGUUAAGCCCUGCUUGUUUAGCAGAAUGCUCUCACCGCGGUCCACCUCGCCGCCAUCUUGUCUUAGCUUCCAAAGAACCUGAGCCUUCAACUCCCAACCGGUGCCUCUACUGGGCCGUCGUUUCUCAGGACAAAUUAUACAAUGCGGCCAGCAUCUGGAUAAAUACAGAUGCUUGAUUUGGGUUUCGUGGAAGCUAAGGUGCAGGUGCGAGCUCACUCUGGUUGAGCAAACUUGAUCCGAGGGCAUUCUGCUGAACAGCGGGGUUACUCUGCUGAAAACAAACUCCUGGGCUCUCUAUUUGUGACCUUCUCAGAGGAGCACGGACAGCCAUGCACGUCACUCUUGUGACGUGUCUGUGUGCGCCGGAGCUGUUCUUGAUGUCCUUGCCUGGAACCCAAAAUCUUUUGGUGGGCAGGGAUUGAUUCACCUCUGCAGAAGUAGCUCAUAGUGUCCCAACCCCUUCAUCCAAAACCUUUUUUUUCACCCAACCUUGUACUAGGCAUGCUAGAAUUUGUCACGGCUCCAACAGAAUUAAUUGCCACCCACGACAAAACCCGUUCUGUCGUCGAUACUUGGUUAAUUUAAUGCGUCUUUUACUACAUUAAACAGUGUUUGUAAAUGACUGCUUGCCAGGUGUACUUAUAGGAACAUUAUGUGGAGCGCUUUUGCACUGCCCUCAAUUCCUGUGCAAAAUUUACAUUACACUCUUGAAAUUAUCUAAAUUUACACAUAAUCACAUAAAAGUCGAUGUAAAAGAUGUAGCCACUCUUGGGUGACCAAUCUGUAGAUCUCUUGUGAUUUUUGUACGGUUUUUUUUGUGUGUGUGUGUGUGGAUGCUUACGUUUCAAGGAUAAAUAAAUCUUUUUGACAAUGA